AUGUUAAUAUGGUUAAGAAAAUAAAAAAGAUUGGCAUUAGAAAUUUACGAAGAUUAUAAUGACUCCAUUUAUAUUGAUUGCCAGAAUGAAUUAAUCAUCUCUCAAUUCUGGCCUCUAUUUGUAACAAUAAUGAAAAUCUAUUUAUUUUACAGUAUUGUUUUGAUAAUGAUAAGUAAUAUUGAAGAGUACGAAUCGUACAAUAGUUAAAAAGUCACUCUUUAUACAUAUUUAUUAAUUUUGCUUCCUUCAGCUAUGAUUAUAUAUGAUAGAUGGAUAAUUGAAAAAUUAUCCAAGAGGUAGAAAGUAGUUCUAACAUAAAUUAUCUUUAUAACAUUGGAAACAUUAUUGUAGCUUUAUUUAUCCUAAUUGAUUAUGGAAUACGAAAGUUUGCAGAGAUUAAUUGGUAUACUUUUAAUAUUUACAAUAAUGCUAAUUGUAAUGGCAACAAUGAACAAUUUCAAAUUAAGAUUAAUCAUUCUAAUUAAAUUUUUUGUUUACUUAGGCUAUAAAACUGAAUUCACCAUCUUUUAAUAUUUGUUCACUUACCAUAUUGUUUUUUUGAAUUUGCUACUUGUCUAUUACUGGGAUCAGCAAAUAAUGAGAUUAAGUAAAAUAAAACAUUUUGCUGAAUAAUCUCUAAGAAGUAUACCAACAGCAGUUUGUAUACUAAAUUCUGAUUGUUAAUAAGUCUUAUUCUCAAAUAGAUAUAUGAAGAAAUUGAUAGACAAAUCUCACACAAAGACAAAAACAUUUAUGACAAAGUCUGUAAAAUAAGAUUAUUUGUUUGAAACUCAACCAUCGAUAAUGAGCAAAUAUGAUGAGAUUUUUUAAUUUUUUUCUUAAAUGUUUGCAAAUGUUGAAGAGGUCAAGAACUAACUGCCUCCAGAUUCAAGCAAGUUCAAUCUUGACAAUUUGGAUGAUGAAUAAAUAAACUUAAAUCAAAUCAUUCAAUAUAUAAUUAAGACUGACAAAAAGACCUAAGGAAAAAUAUAUACAUUAAGAUGUUAAUUUAUAGAUCGUCAAGAGAUGAUUAAUGAUGAAUCACAGAAAGUAGUGAUUGAAGUGAAAAUGAAAACACUCCUAUAAUAUGAAGAUAAUAAACAUGCAACUCUAAUUAAUCUUUAUGAUAUAUCUACUAAUUUAAAGUCUAUAUAUUAUAAGAAUUUGAAUUAAUUUAAAAGUAAAGUAAUAAGAUCAAUAUCUCAUGAAUUAAGGACUAGAUUGAAUGCUAUUUAAGGAAUGAUAUAGAUGGUUUAAAAUUACAAUUAAAAUUUUGAUCGAGAAGUGCAGAAAUACUUAAAGGCAGCUUUUAACAACUGCAGAAUUUAAAAUUUUAUUAUUGGUUCCAUUAUAGAUUAUAAUUUAUUGAGGGAAAGACAACUACCUGUCAAAUUAGACAAGGUGAAAAUUAACGUAUUAAUUUAGGAAGUGAUAGAUUUAUUCAAAGAUGAAGCAGAACUAAAAAGUAUUAAGAUUAAAUAUGAAGAUAAAAUAUAGACAAAUAACUUUGAAUUGUUGGAUUCUGAGAAAUUUCAGAGCAUAUUAAUUCACAUAAUAUCUAAUAGCGUUAGAUUUAGUAAAUCUGAUGGAUUAAUUUCGAUUAAAUUAUUAAAAGAUCUAAGUAAUAAUAAUAAUAAUAAUAAUAAUAAUAAUAAUAACAAUAAUUAAACUAAUAGCUACAUUUAAAUACCUGACAAUAGAGCAUAAAUUAAUAAGCAUUCAAAAUUGUAAGUACCACAUUCUUAAUCUCCUCAGUAAUAGAGAUUGAAUGGAAGUGAAUGUUGUCAUGACUCAUCUAAUAAUAAAUAACGUAGAACUUAUAGUAAAUAUAAGAUGGCCAGUUAAUUUUCUUCAAAUGGAAAUUUGUCUACAAAUCUUGCUGACGUUUAUAUGAUUGAAGUAAGAGACAACGGUUUAGGUAUGACAGCAGAAAGAUUGGAAUAUAUUCGAUCUUUGUUAAAUGGGGAAGACUUUUAAGUUGAGAGAAAUUCUAAUGAUGCAUCUUCUGGGAUGAUGCUUGGUUUAAGAGCUUCUAAUUAGUUAAUAAAAAAUGUGUCAGGUAAAGAUGAAAAUGGAAAUUACAUUUCAAUAGAUUCAGAUAUUGAUAAGGGCACUAUUAUUUAAAUGCAUAUAAAGAUAAAACUAAUUUCAGGAGAAAACUUCUCUAGUGAGUUGAUACUCAAAGAAUCAAGUGUAGAAAAUGAAGGGAUUGUUCAUUCAUUUCAGAAUUUUAAUUUAAAGUUGAGUCCUUGGUCGACUGUUGCUUAAAUUCACACAAAGAACUUAUGUUAAUGUGAAAAUACAUUUAUGAUUGUAGAUGAUGAACCUUAUAAUUUAAUAGUUUUAGAAUCACUGUUAAAGAAAUUAUAACAUUAAGUAGUUAAGGCAGAAAAUGGUAAACAUUGUAUCCAAUUAUUAGAAAAAAUGGUUGAAUAAUUUUAAGAUCAUAAAUGUAAAGGAUAUAAAGGUAUAAUAAUGGAUUAUUAAAUGCCAAUUAUGAAUGGUGAAGAAGCUACUAAAUAUAUCACUUAGAUUUGCAAAGAUAAAAACAUUACACCCAUUCCAAUAUUUGGACUUACAGGAUUUUCUGGAGAGGAUGAAAUAAAUAGAUUAUUAGAAUCUGGAAUGAGAGAAGUAUAUGUAAAACCAAUAACUAUAAAAACUCUUGAGGAUUUGAUUAGUAACAUUAGUAGGAGUGAAUAUAGAUCUCUAGAUUAUGUAUCAAAUAUAUCUUAACAAUUUUAAUUUAUGGAUAUAGAAUAUGCUGAAGAGGAUAAAUUAGUUUUGGAAUAGUCAGUUCAUUGA